AUGGCGCACUACGGCCUACUCCUCAAGCAGGGGUGGUUUUCCAAGUCCCUCGCGGCUGGCGUCUUGAGUUUCAUCGGUUUUCACCAGUUGGCGAAGCGGUACUACGAUAUUCCGACCUACCGUGACUUCAACCUGACCAAUUGGUCGUACGCGCUGGAGCGCGAAAACCUCCGCCGCCAAGGUAUCAACCCCGACACCGUCAACUUUUCUGGUGGAGACGAGUAA